AUGUGGGACUACUACAAUGACAAGACCAUCUUCAUUACCGGGGGGACUGGCUUUCUGGGUACUGCGAUUGUAUACCGCUUGCUCACACAAACAUCCGUGUGUCGCAUAUACAUGCUAUGCAGGGGAGGUAUAGGGAAACUUCGAUCGAAAUGGACAGAGUCGCUAUCAUCGGCAACCGUCGAAAGCCUUCUGAGCACUAAUCGCAUCAUAGCGAUGAAUGGUGACAUCCUCUCACCUGACCUCGGGCUUUCCCAGCAUCAACUAAGCACACUUCGACAAGAGGUCAAUAUCUUUAUUCACUCAGCAUCCUCUAUCAAUCUCGCAAAGCCCCUCAGUGCACUGUCAGAUGUGAUUAUCAGAGCCAGUGAAAGGAUGGGAGACAUUGCCCUGAGUUGCCCAAAUUUAGAUCGCUUUGUUUACGUCUCAACGGCGUACUGCAAUUCCCAUCUAUCUCCCGAGGACAAAGAGAUUCAAAUCGAGACCAAAGAAGACAUCUACGAUCCCAACUACCGUCCAAACGUCAUGAAGGAGUGGGCGCAGGUUCAAGAGACCGGCUCUAGCGAUGCGUAUGAAGCCUACGAUUUCCCAUGGUCCUACGGAUAUGCAAAAAACUUGACAGAACGACUUCUUCUCCAUCGGUUUACCCUGAGCGGUGUCAAGGAACAGCUGUUGAUUGUGCGCCCUUCUGUCAUCGGACCGGCCCAAAGCUUUCCAAGUCCGCACUGGAACAUAUCGCUAUCAAGCCCAUUGACAAAAAUUGCUGCUCUCAUUGCACUGAGCCCUGCUGAUAUAGUCACUACUGCAACCAGAGUAAUAGAGAAGACGUCCCAAAUAUUUAUUGACGAGGUUCCUGUUGACGUGGUUGUUGAUCGUUUGCUCGCCCAUUUGGCGGCGGGAACCAACGGCUGUGUCCAUGCAGCCAGUGGGCAGAGAGAACAGCAUCAAUUCGUCAAGUGGUGGGAGUCCGCAAUUUCGCUCCGUCGUUUGCCAGGGAGAUUUGAUCUGCUUUGGAAAGAGCUGGAUUGGAAAUCCUAUGAGCAACAUCCCCUGCCUCGGUUCUAUGUAAUCUUUGGCACUUCGUUCAAAUUUCGUGAGGAUAAGACUGUCGCUCUUAGCCGGCAUCCCUUGGUGGAAAGCUGUAAAGAGUUGCAAUUGUUCACAAACAUCAAUAUUAGAGGACAGACGCUAUUGCGAACGGAGGAUGUCUAUUCCGCGAUGAAUCAAAUUGCAAAGAAAGAUGCCAGGGCACGACGACUCAUCCAACUCUACUAUCAGGAUUCUAUCAUGGCUAAGCUCUAG